AUGCUGUGGCGAGCCGUCAAGUACUUAAUAAUUUAUCCCUUUCUCCCGCUCACCAUCGCAAAGUGCCUCAAUUUGUUCCUCCUGAUCGAAUCAGUGGCAAUAUGGCAGUUGAGCGAGCUACACCGCUACAGCUCUUUUAUUGCGUUUCUUAUCCCUUUAAGUGACCUGCUUGCCGUUGGGCUGCUUCUUAUCUCACUUUGGUUUACGGCCCAGAAGUUUUAUUGGCGGCGAGUGGAGCUAACAUUCGACGUCAUUGGACUCCUUUGCAACCUGGUCGCGAUUUUUGCCGUUUUUCGCAACGAUUUCACGCACGGGAUACUCUAUAAUGUUUUGUUCAAUCACCUCCUCUCAUUCAUCACUUGGAUAUUUAUUGUCUGGUGGGCCGCGUUGAAGACCUGGAAUACCGUCUCAAAUCUGUUCAUCUCCGAAUGGGGCAACGGUACCGAGGAGCAUGAAAUCGAGGCUUUACAAGAAGACUUU